CAUGCUCAUAAGUCCUCUGCUUGCAAUGUAUGGAGAAUGUCUGCUGCUGUGAGAAUUAUCAGAAGAAUGAUGAACCAAAGGAUAACUCUGGUAGCCCUUGUGCUCAUCAUCCUAACACCUCAGUGUUCAGCAAGAAAUGUUGAUUCAUUCUCACUCAGUAACAAGGUCUCUGGUUUUUGUUUGAUGAAAAAAUAUACCCGCUGCCUUGAGAUGCGUUGGACGACCGGCAACCGGCUUUUUGCUGUCGCAUCCAGAAAGUGCCUCGGAGCGCAGGGCAAGACUGCGGGGAGUGAAGUGAACCUCUACGAUUGUGACGAGGGGGCUGAGCUGCAAAAGUGGGAAUGCAAGAAUGAAACACUGCUCGCCCUCAAAGGCCAAGAGCUCUUCAUUGAAGUCAGACCUGAUGAAUCAAUUGUUCUCUCCAAAACUGUUGGGCCGAAUAACUACUUCACAAUCACAGGGACAUCCAGUGGGGCUUGCACGAAUACAUACAGAGAAUUGUACACCCUUGAGGGAAAUGCGUUUGGUAGGAUCUGCAUGUUUCCCUUCCUGUACAAAGACCGGUGGUUUGGAGAUUGCACUUCGUUUGACUCCUCACAAAAGCGUCUUUGGUGUGCAGUUGAAACAAAGUUUGAAAAUGAACAGUGGGGAUACUGCCCAACAAUGUCCUCAGACAACUGGACGAAAAACCCUGUAACAAAAGCGUAUUACCAGCUCAACACACAGUCGGCUCUGACCUGGCCCCAGGCUGAAGCCAGCUGCCAACAGCAAGGCGCCUCCCUGGUCAGUAUCACUGAUCCUCAUGAGCAGGCUUUUCUUGCAGCAUUAUUGGGAUUCAGGAGACAUAAACUGUGGAUUGGGCUGGUUCUGGACCAAGAACAUGGCUGGCAGUGGUCUAAUGGGAAGCCGUUCCGUUACCUGAAAUGGAGUACUGGAAACCCACUCCCUAAUCCGGGACACAGCUGUGCAUUUCUUGACUUUGCUGGGCAGCAGGCUUGGCAAAGUUCAUCUUGUGGGAAGAAACUGGGCUAUAUUUGCUACAAAGGCGGGGUCCCACCAACUCCACCGCAAAUUGAGCAGGGAUCUUGUUCAAACCCUUGGAUUCCCUACAAUGGUCACUGCUUCCAACUUAUGCGUACUCCUCAAACAUGGACUAAUGCUCAGAAAGCGUGCCGCAAAGAAAAUGGGGACCUAGCGAGCAUUCGCAAUGUGGAGGACCAAAGCUUUGUCAUCUCUCAAGUUGGAUACGCAUCCACGGACGAGCUUUGGAUUGGACUGAAUGACAGGACGACAGAGGGGCUGUUUGAGUGGAGUGACCACUCUACUGUCAGCUUCACCAGCUGGGAGUUUGGGAAACCUGACGUGGCCACUGAUGCAGAAGAUUGUGUUCUCAUCAGGGGGCAGAAUGGGAACUGGGCGGAUCGCUCGUGUGAUGAGAAACAUGGCUUUAUCUGUAUGAAGCAGAGUGACACUGAAAGCACCGGACAUGAAGCAGAUCUGGACUUGGGUUGUAAAGCGGGCUGGAAAAGGCAUGGCUCCUACUGCUACUUUGUAGGAACCGAGACAAAAACUUUUGAUGAAGCUAAAGACGACUGCAAGAGCUCUAACUCCUACUUAGCCGAUGUUUCGAAUGGGGUGGACAAUGCAUUACUUGUCAGCUUGGUGGGGUUGAGACCAGAGAAAUACUUCUGGCUAGGGCUCUCAAACCAGAAAAACAUUGAGGUAUUUGUGUGGACCAACACAGACUCAGUAAAGUUUACUCACUGGAACGCUGAAAUGCCAGGCAACCGACAUGGUUGUGUUGCCAUGACAACUGGCGUUUUGGCCGGACUCUGGGAUCUGCUGCCCUGCACCAAUCAGGAAAAAUACAUCUGCAAACACCUGGCAGAGGGGGCCGUUGCAACAGUUCCACCACCAACUCAAACUCCUCCUAAGUGUGCAGACGGUUGGGUUAGAGUGGGAACAAGAAACGCCUGCGCUAAGUUUUUUACAGGGCCUCGUUCAAAUGAGAAGACCUGGUUUGAGGCCAGGGAUUACUGCAGGGCCAUUGGAGGAGAUCUGCUCAGCAUCCACAGCACUGCUGAGCUACUAGUGGAACGUCACGGGAAAGCCUGGAUUGGACUUCAUGUUGCUGAUACAACUAGCGGUUAUGUAUGGAGUGAUGGAUCCCCGCUAAACUUCCAGCACUGGCAGGAAGGAGAGCCAAACAAUUUUAAUAAUGCAGAAUCUUGUACUGAAUUCAUAAUAUAUAGCGCGCUUGGAUUCGGGUCUUGGAACGAUGCGCACUGUGAGGGUUACAAUGACUGGCUGUGUCAGAUCCGUGCAGGAGUGACUCCAAAACCGCCUCCAAAUGCCACCGCAGUGGACUAUAAUACCACAUCGGAUGGCUGGCUUGAGUGGAGAGGGAAUCAGUAUCUCAUUAACCACAUGGCAUUGCCCAUGGAAGACGCUCGUCACUAUUGUCAGCGGAGGCAUGGUGACUUGGUAUCUAUCUCCAGUAAAGAUGAAAAUGUCUUCUUAUGGAAACAGAUUUCAAGAAGCUAUGGGCAAUAUUACUUAGGUUUGUCAGUGGAUCUUGAUGGGUCAUCGUGGUGGAAGGAUGGUUCUUUAGUGUCGCUGCAAAUGUGGGAUGAAAAUCAACCUAAUUCUGAUGCCUUUGAUGAGAACUGCGUUAUUAUGACUUAUUAUAUGGGUUUCUGGAGAACUUGUAAUUGUGGCAACGAGUACCAGUUCAUUUGUAAACGUGGACGCUCCACACCUGCCAACACCACUGCUGCACCCACAGCUCCACCUAAAGGUGGCUGCCCCCUCAAGUGGACAAAAUUUGACUCAAAGUGUUACAAUAUCAUUAGUGGCCAGAGGACCACCUGGGACGAAGCAAGGACACAGUGCGCUUCCUUGGGAGGAAAAUUAGUCUCUAUUCCUGACAGACAUGUUCAAGCAUUUUUGAUCACCAAAAUGGCUGAAGUUGCAAAUGAAGACCUAUGGAUAGGUUUGCAUAGUAUAAAUACAGAUGGAUUUUACUGGAUUGAUGGAAAACCAAGACGAUACACCAACUGGGGCUAUAUUAAAUAUAGACGUCAUUUUGGGAGCUUUUAUCAAAGAUGGAAUGAGGAAGACUGUGUUGUGAUGAACAGCAACCCUACUUUUGGUUUUGGUAAAUGGUUGAUUAAGUCUUGCAAUGACACCAAUGGAUUUGUCUGUGUUCAAGAUCUUGACCCAAAAAUCCCAGCUCAACCACAACCAACAGUUCCUAACACCUAUGUACCUCUGGGAAAUGACAGCAUCAAGGCUGUGACUCAAAAUAUGACCUGGGAUGAUGCCAGGAGGCACUGUGAAGGUGGUAAAGCCAGCCUGGCUAGUCUGCGAAAUGAAUUGACACAGGCUUAUGUUGAGCUGCUGGCUAUCAAUCUCAGAGCUCCUCUAUGGAUUGGACUAAAAAAGCAGGACGGGGGUUAUUUUAGAUAUUCUGAUGGCUGGCACCUGACUUUUUCUAGCUGGGGUGAAGGUGAACCGAGCAGGAACCUACCUUGUGUGUACUUGGAUGUGGAUGGAAAAUGGAAGACUGCUCUCUGUAAUCGGACCAUGAACAGCGUUUGUAUGCAGUCUUCAGAUGUGCCGCCAACAGAAUCAACCCACUUCCCGGGAAUUUGCCCUGAAGACAUGAGUGUAGAGUACCAGCAGAGUUAUUCCUGGCUGCCUUUUAGAGGCCAUUGUUAUAUGUUUAUCACAGAGGAAACGGAAUGGUCAAAUGCAGCUAGCAACUGUAUAAGGCAUGGUGGAAUCCUGGCUAGCAUCGAAGAUUUUGAUGAGCAAAAAUUCAUCAAAUCACAGAUGGAAAAAUUUAUAGGCAGCGAAACAUCGUUCUGGAUCGGCAUUUAUAAAACUCAUAAAGGGACAUGGUUUUGGUUGGAUAAAACAGUCAUUGACUACAUUAACUGGGCUGAAGAUGAGCCUGAUUCUGAUUUUGGAGCUAUCAGAACCUUAGAUGGGUCAUGGAUAUCAGGUUACAGAUGGUCCGAUAAACCAUAUAUCUGUAAAACACAUAAAGUGAUACCCACAGAUGCAGAAUUAAAACCCAAACCUACUGGACCUCCGCGUCAUCGUUUACACACCACUUUGAUAGUUGUGCUGAUCAUCACUGUCACUUCUGUGCUGAUAGCCAUUGCAUUCUUCCUCUACAAGAGGUCCCCUCAGCUCAUACCCACGUUCGACAAUCCACUCUACUUCGACAGUGAACGAUCUCAGCCCGAUGUGGUGGACACCAAUAAACUGAUAGAAAAUGCAGAGGAACAAAACCCUGAGCCUAUUAUAACUCUGUGAUUUAUAAAGUAGCAGAAUCUAGUGGGACAUACACUAUACUGUAUCUCAGACUGAUAUAUUACACUUUGAUACUUAAUUUUUUUCUUUUGUUUUUUUGUUUUUUUACUAUAUACAGUCUGCAUUCAGGUAUUUAAUAGUAUGUCACUUACUGAGUUUCAAUGGAGUUGGCAAUGUCUAACCUCAUGGAACAGAACAAUUUAGGCUCUAGGAUGUCUCAAUGGGAAUGAUUAGUAUUUGAUUUUUUUCUUUUUAUCUAUGACUGAAUGUAUAGAAAUGUCACAUGUUAUGCUUAUAUACCCACUAGAUGCUGUUAAUUGCUUGUAGUCUUGAAAUGUACAAAAAUCUCACUGCCUGUCACUGUUAAAUGAGCAUUAAACU